CAUAGUAAGAUUAGUAAACGCUUCUCCCGGUCAUCCGUCACAUCAGCGCAGCGAUACUGGCGGGGGACAAACAGGAAAUUAUAAUCAAAAGACAGCUGUGAGAGUGUUUGCUCCCUUUUAUUUGUAAGAGACAAGUGUAUUCCUGUCACACAACUACCCGCGUUAAUUCUCCCGCGGAGACAAUGCUUCAGUGUCUGUCUGGAAGUUCGUGUGUGCGUGUCAUAGAAGGUUACAGGUCUACGUGGUAUUUCUUGGUCUUGGUGUUAGCGUAUGUGUUAUAUCUGAUAUUCGGGGCUUUGGUGUUUUCCGCGGUGGAGCUGCCGUACGAAGAGCUGCUUCGGCAAGAGCUUCGGACCGUGAAGCAGCAGUUUCUAAAUGAUAACGAAUGUCUGUCCGAAGAAAGACUGGAGGAGUUUCUCACCAGAGCUUUAGAGGCGAGUAAUUACGGGGUGUCGGUUCUCAAUAAUGCUACUACUAACUGGAACUGGGAUUUUACAUCAGCCCUUUUCUUCGCCAGCACUGUGCUCUCCACGACAGGAUAUGGCCACACCGUUCCUCUCUCAGAUGGUGGCAAGGCCUUCUGCAUCAUUUACUCAGUGGUGGGAAUCCCAUUCACCCUGCUAUUCCUGACUGCGGUGGUCCAGAGGAUCAUGGAGUUCAGUACCCGCAGGCCCGUGGAGUACCUGCACCGGCACUGGGGCAUGUCCAAACCUCUGCUGGCCGCUCUGCAUGCCUCCCUGCUGGCCAUUAUAACUGUCUCAUGCUUCUUCCUCAUUCCUGCCAUCAUCUUCUCAGUACUGGAAGAGGAAUGGAAUUUCCUGGAGUCCUUCUAUUUCUGCUUCAUCUCUCUUAGUACUAUUGGCUUGGGCGACUAUGUGCCAGGAGAGGGCUACCAUCAGAGGUUCAGAGAACUCUAUAAAUUGGGCAUAACAUUCUACCUGAUAUUGGGCCUGAUCGCGAUGCUGGUGGUUCUGGAAACCUUCUGUGAACUUCAGCAGCUGAAGAAGCUCAGGAAGAUGUUCUACCUGAGGAAACAAAAAACAGAGGACCAGCUUAACAUUGUGGAUCAUGAUCACCUCUCGUUCGCCUCUGUUUCUGACCAGGCAGCUUCAUUUAAGGAGGAUAAAACUGAUAUGUUUCCUGAUGACGUCGUCGCCGCUUCACCUACUACUACCUCCAAUGGACCAAUGGACCGAUGAUGCAUCCUAAAAAUCUGUGUCUAGAAACCUGACACGUUAAUGUUUCUGAAACAUCUCCGCUAAGAGCAUAAAUGUAUUGUAAUUUGUUAGUGUACUCUGCUGUCAAGUUAACUGAAACCUUCCAUAGACAUGAAUACUUGAAACACAGGCUGAAGGUAAUUUAUCGUGGAAAAGAAUUGUAUCAAUUAGUGGAAUGCAUAAUAUCAUAGGACUUUAUGGUUUAUGCUGCUGCUGAACGGAAAAACAUUUUGUGAACAGGGUUUUGUGUGUGCAUGUAAAUGAUAAAUCCAUCCAUGACUCUGAAUACAAGUAUUUAGCUGGUAAGUGGUCAUAGACUAGCACUGCACACUUCAUAUGCUGUUCUUGUUAGGUGAAAUAAAGGGAUCCAUAUCCUGUAUUACAGUUAUGACGGUGUAUUAAUGGAAAUCAUGUUGUCAGGUUACUAAGUUUGUACAUAUUGCUUAAGGCUGGAAAACAUUGCAUGUCUUUUUUUUUACAAGUGAUUUUAGGUAGUCAGAGUUGACAGAUUUAACAGAAAAAUCGUGUGGUGUAUAUGUGAACAUAAGUCAUAAGCUUCAGCUUAUGAAUCCAUCCAGUCAAAGAAUAUCAAAUGUUUGAUAUUUUGAGCCAGUUUCAGAACACGUAUUGUUUUUAUUUUUCAGUAAUAAGUGUCAGGUUUCUGAUUUGAAAAUCAGGAGUUGUAUAGUGUAUUCCGGCCUUAAACUAUGUUGAAAGUCAUACAAUGUCCGUGUUUACCAAUCUGUUCAUAUUUAACAAAUCAUGUAGUGUAUUCCAGCCUUUAGUCUUUUUUUUUUAUUUGAUUUUUAGAAUAGACAGGGGCAGGUCCCUGAUGACAUUCCUACUGUCACAUUCUGUAAUUCACUAAUAAAGGGAAUUUAAAUUAUGUAUAUUUUUAGUAGAGGCAUCAGACAAUCAAAAAUCUGUAUAUUUAAUUUCUGUUUUAUACGCUCUUCUGCAGUUGCAGUAGGCAUUGUCCACCACCUAAAGGUGCUGUUGUGCAUUGAGUGCCAUUACUGUUGUAUUGUAGGCCUCAGUGUGCAUCAGUGCGUCAGUAUGGUCUUGAGUUACUGGGUAUAUUGCUGAAGAAAAUGUUUGUUAUUUUGUCAUUUAUUUGUUUAUUUACUUUUCAUUUUUACAUUUUAAUUUUGUUGCACAUGCCUAAGCAUACUGAAAGUUGUGCAUUCGUUGUAUGUAUGUCCUCAGUCGCACUUUAACAAAACAGAAUAAACUGGAGAUUUUGGUUAUUCUGUA